AUGGCUGGGGGUGACCAGCAAGCUCCAGGUGCUCUCCAUCACCCUUUUAAAGACCUGCUGGAGCUUGUAAGGGGGCCCAACCGGAGGCAGAUGAAGGAGCAUGUGCUCCAGAGCCUGGUCCCACUGCUCCUCCUUGCGCAUGAUGAGCGUCCCAACGUGUCCCAGGUGUGUUGGGACACCCUCAGCAGUGCCGCCCAAUUCCUGAGGUGGUACCAGCUCAGUGGCCUCAUCCAGCACAAGGAAACCUGGCGAAGCUGUGACUGCCUGGUGAUCCACUACAAGGAGAGAGCUGAUGACUUCCUGGGCCAGACCAUGGCCUUCCUGCAGAACCCACAGACUCCAGUUAGGGAAGCAGCCAUCAGGUUCCUAGGGCUCACUGCCCGGAAGCUGGACCAGUGGAGCCAGGACAAGCUGGAUGCCUUCUGCGACAGUGAGUGGUCCCGCUUUGAGUACUGA